AUGUCAGGCAAAAACAGCGUGCCGUCGGACUUUGCGUCCUACUACCUCCAGCAAGCCACCAAGGAACUGGCCGAGGACCUUGAUAAGGUCCGUGGCGCAGACGACUUUAAAGGCGACGCCCUGCCACUGCUCAUCAAAGCACUGCAGCAGGGUACUGCACUCUUCUCGCCUGCGGAUCAGCAGCGCAUCGUGGAGGCUGGCAAGAAGCAGACCACGCCUAACGCGGACGACGAUACGAGCAGUAGUGGCAGCAGCAGCACCGGUAGCGAUGAGGAGCAAUGA